AUGCGACAACUCAAUCCCAACUACCUGAUCAUCAGCAAGGACAAUGCCAACCGAAUUGAGACGCUGAAGGAGGAGUGCGAAAAGCUGGAGAAGAAACUCGACAUUGAACGGCAGAAGUACGAGAAGCACACCUCCAGUCAGGGCGUCAGUGAGUUCAUGAAGGACACUAACCUCUCUGCGUUGCCCUUCUUCACCAUCAACGAUUCCUUUGUUCUUCACAAUGACGCCUCCUACGUGCUGAUGCUUGAAGUGGAGGUAGCCAUCGACGUCGUCUUCAUUCACUGCGACAUUGGCCUUGACCUGAUCGACUGCGAGCGCAACUCUGCCGUCAUCAGCUUCAACGAUCCUCCUAAUUUUGCCGAAGGAGGAGGAGGAGGAAGUGCAAGCAGUCCCGGUGAGAUGCUGGCCACCUUUCGCUGUCAGGCCAACACCACCCGUCUGGAGAUUCGCCUCCGGCCGGUGGAAGGCCAACACGGGACGCUGUCCGUGUACGUCGUCUCGCGGAUCACCCCCAAGAGCUGUCUGACGCGUUCCUAUGAGAUACAGCCGCUGGCGUUGCACAAACGCCAGCACUCGAACACCAGCAUCGAGUUUGCCAAUUCGCUGGUAAUGACGGGCGCUUUUGGCAUCAACGACGCCCACACCUGGCUGCGCAUGAACAUUCCCGAAAUACCGGAAAAGCUCUCGCUGAGCACGGAAGGCGUCGAAUCGGAGGUUUUCUACUACACCUCCACGAUGACGCGCUCCAUACUGAUCGUCAACUGCGGCCGCGGCACCAUCAGCAUCACCUCCGACAACGUCUCUACAGUGUCCAUUCUCAAGGACUUUCUAACGCGGGAGGCCACCCGUCAGUCGAUUCCCAUUGAAAUUUCGGUGUCAAUCUCCGAACGCAGCAUCGCCGUCAUCCUCCGGCACCUUUAUCCGAAGAUCAAGCGUCUCAUUCUGGAGAAGCAGCGACAGGACCUUUUUGAGGCGAUCAGCGAUCUGCAGAGCAGCGACGCAGACAUUGCCAGUCAGCUGCUGGCCGAUCUCAAUCUCGAGGAGAAGGAAGCAGGAGAAAAGGAGGCAGAGGUGAAGAGGUCCGCCAAAAGCUCCUCUUCAUCAUCUUCAGGGCGACCGGAGUCCACCGAGGCGAAUCGACAGGACGUGCUCAUCGGCCUGGACCGCAUCUACGGCAUCAUCACCGACCUCUUCAUCGAUUACCACAAGCUGAAGGGCACCUCGAUGGCGAGCUUCCUCAAGGCGGCCAAGGAGAAGCUCGACGAGAUGACCACGCUCAUCGAGACUGCCGUCCUCGAGGCGGUCAACAGCAAAUCGAUGCCCCCGGAGUUGGCGGCCGUCCUCUCCGAUGGCUGCAACAUCAACUCUGCCUCUUCUGGGUCCCGGGGUCCCCUCCGAGCAAAGGACGAGAGCACCGCCUUUGCCGAGCGACUCUACCACUUUUGGGACAUUCAACUGUAA